AUGGUGCUGCUGUGCUCGACGCCGCCGGCCCCACUGCCCGUGGACGUGGCUGCGACCCGCCCGUUGGUGCAGGAGCUGGCGACCUCUGCCGCCGCGCGAGAGCAUGUCCGAGCGUUGGCCGGCACGACGUACGGUCGCUGCGUGCUCGGACUAGCGGGCUUCCUGACGUACGCGACCGAGCACAUGGCUGCAUUUGUCAAGCGCAUGCACGGUGAUGUGAGCUCGGAAGAUCUGGCAAUCACGCAUGAGAUGCUUCUGCUACUUGCUGAGACGGUGGUUGACGAGGACAAUGCUACAUUUAUUGCGCGUAUUGGAGCACACCCUCUCUUGAUGCGUCUUAUGGAGAACGAGAACGAGGAUAUUCAAGAGGCGGCUGCCGAGGUUGUCACGAGUUGCACAAGUAGUCCGUCGGCCAUCACAUUCCCGCACCGCGUGCGACAAGUGGGUGAAGUGGAGCGCUUGUGGCCGCGUGCGGUGCCGCUCCCUUUUGAUCCCCGAGAUAACGCUCCGAAGAAUGAAGACGGCUCUCAAGGCACACUGGAGGUGCUUAUUCGUCAGGUGCCUACGCGUAUGACAGGACAGAGGAAGACUGGAUACCUCCUAUGGGGAGCAGCUUUUGUCCUCGCGCGUUGGAUUCACAAGCACCGUGAGCUGUUUGAAGACAAGAGCGUGAUUGAGGUCGGCAGCGGUCUCGGACUCGGAGGUAUUGUUGCUGCCCGCUAUGCAAGGCAGACGACGCUGACGGACUACCAGAGCGAUACGUGUACUGCUCUCGAGUACAAUGUCCAGCUGAACAAACCGUUUACGCACGAAUUUGACCCGACCAAGCCGGAAGUGAAGGUAAGCCUCUUGGAUUGGGACACCUCUGAAAGCAUCGAAGCGGUUCCCAAGGCAGAAGUCGUGAUCGCCAGCGACAUCAUCUGUGAGCCGAGUACGGCUGAAGGUUUCUUGCGUGUGGUUCGACACCACGUGCUUGGUAACCCCAACGGCGUUGCCUACCUCAUGAACGCUAACAGCCACAGCCGCUUCGGUGUCAUCCACCUCCACGCUCUUCUAGCCGCCAGUACUGAUCUUUCCUACAGCAUCACGCCUGUGGGUGAGCUGCCUGAUGGCGCAGAGCUUCUUGAGACGGUCAGCGACGCACAGGAGCUCUCUUACGAGUUCUACGAAAUCCGUGCGGCAUCUCAGUAAACCGAGUACUAGUAGUAGAGAUCACAGGAUACAAAGCCAAAGCGUAUCCCGAUAGGAUUUCAAUAGAGUGUUUAGAGAAGUCCUAUUGAUC